AUGGCUUCAUCGAAUCUGAACGAUAGCAUCGUAAUCGUUGGCGCUGGUAUCAUUGGUCUAAAUGUUGCCUUGGUUCUCUCAGAAAAAGGCCACGGCCGUUCGAUUACUGUUGUUGCAGAACAUUUCCCCGGCGACACGAGUUUGUAUUACACAUCACCAUGGGCUGGCUGCAACUUUUCAGCCAUCUCUGGGACAGAUGACAAUGCGUUGCGCUGGGACAGUCUGGGAUACGCUCAUCUUUCCAAACUGGCGACAGAGUGCCCCGAGGAAACAUAUGUGCACUGGACUCCUUCUUUCGAGCUCUGGGAUGAGGAUAUCCCUAGCGACAAAAUACGGCACAUGUCAGGAUAUCUAAAAGACUUUCGAGUCCUAUCUGAGGCCGAACUUCCAGAUGGAGUAAAAUUCGGCGUCUCCUUUACUACACUAAGUGUGAAUGCGCCUGAACAUAUCAGAUAUCUCUACAGGAGGCUUCGGGAUCAGUACGGUGUGCGGUUUUUGCGCCAAAAGCUCCCCAGCAUUCAGGCUGCGUACGCGAGCCCAUCCACGAAAAUCGUCUUCAAUUGCACGGGGCUUGCCUCUGCGACAUUACCUGGCGUAGAAGACCCCAAGUGCUACCCGACUCGCGGGCAAGUAGUGCUGGCCAGAGGACCACACAUUCGAACCAACAUGAUGCGUCACGGAAAGGACUACGAAACAUACGUGAUUCCUCGGCCUGGUUCAAACGGGAACGUCAUCCUGGGCGGAUACAUGCAGAAAGGAGUCAGUGAUGGAUCUACCUAUGAUUCUGAGGUCAAGUCUAUUUUAUCUCGUACGCGUGAUCUGAGCUCUGAAAUUCGCCAACAGGAGCCUGAAGUAUUGGCUGUCUUCGCCGGCCUCCGCCCCUCCCGGGAAGGGGGUGCGCGUGUAGAUAGAGAUGAGAUUACUGUACAAGGACAAAAACGCGUGCUGGUACACAACUAUGGUGCAGGUGGGACAGGCUUCCAAGCUGGCUAUGGCAUGGCAGUUGAGUCCGUAGCAAUGGUCAAAGACAUGCUACGCGACAUUGCUUGCGAGAUCCCUCAAGCACGUCUUUAA